AGAGGGAGAGAAGAGCGAAUGUUGGGUCCAGUGUUGAUGGAACCAAAACAAAAACAAAAACAAACCCGAAGAUUGGGAAGUUUGUUGUUGUUGUUUUUUAUUGGUGGUUUUCCCGUAAAAUGCUCUACACGAAGGAGACAUUUCGUGAGCUCGAUGCCAUCAAGAAGACGGGCCUCGAGUAUAAGGUUACACAGAUAUUCUUGAAAAUAGGAACCAGUAUUUACCCCAGAAGGAGAUUAUGCGAGGUUGUUACUGACAGUGGAGAACGUGUAGUUGUCAAGGCUAAACACUCUGGAGUUGUGAAACAUUUGCUCAUAAAGAUUGAUGAUGUUGUUAAAGAUGGGAGUGACCUGGUUGAACUGGAAGCAUGUGCCCAUCCAACACUUAUGGGUAAUAUUUGCUGCGAUUGUGGUGUUGUUCUUGAGGACAAUGAAAUUACAAAGACUGAAGUGGUCAGCAUGCUGCACACUGUCCCAGAUCUCAAGAUAAAGAAAAAUGUGGCUGAAGAACUUGGCAAGGAGGACAUCACAAAUCUUUUGGCUCAAAGAAAAUUAGUGCUACUUGUGGACCUGGAUCAGACACUCAUUCACACUACAAAUGAUAAUAUUCCACCAAACCUAAAAGAUGUAUAUCAUUUUCAAAUAAACACUGGAGGUCCAUGGUAUCACACAAGGCUAAGACCUCACACAAAACAGUUUUUAGAAAAGGUCUCAAAAUAUUUUGAACUUCAUAUUUGUACUUUUGGAGUGAGAGAAUAUGCCCAUUAUAUUGCUCAUUUCCUGGAUCCCGAUCACAAGCUGUUUGGACAAAGGAUUCUCUCAAGAAAUGAAUGUUUAGAUCAGAUGUCAAAAAAAGCUAAUUUAAGCUCGCUGUUUCCAUGUGGAGAUAACCUGGUGUGUAUCAUUGAUGACAGAAGUGAUGUUUGGAAUUAUUCCCCAAAUGUUAUACAGGUGGUGCCAUACCACUUUUUCCGGCACACAGGUGACAUCAAUGCGCCACAGGGCUUACAGAAAAAAGAGAAUGAUGACCAGAAAGGAUAUGAUUUUGAAAAUUUGAGACUCUCACGAGACAAUACAGAAGUCAGCGAUGGUGAAGAAGGGGACAAAAAGAAUUAUAGCUCGGACUCUGAUAGUGAUAAAGAGACAAAAGACAUAGUAUCAGAUUCAAACAAAGAUACAGGUGUUAAUGCUGAUCAAACUAGUGAUAAGUUGGAGAAUGUAAAUACAGAAAAUGUUGAAGGUAGUAAAAGUAAUGAUGUGAAUAACAAGACAGCAGAUGUGCAAGACACAUCUAUAGUGACUAACAAAGAGAAAGAUGAAGGCUCAACAGACGUACAAUCAAAUAGUGUAGAAAGCAUGAAUGUUGACACAGAAACAAGAGAAAAUGGCACGAAAGAAGAGGCAGAUGAUAAAGAAAAUGCUGAUUUGACUGACAACAAAGAAAGUGAGGAAAGAAAAAGUUCAAAAGAAACAGAUAUAACAGAGGAGACAAAAGUGAAAAACCAAGAUGCAGAUGAUGGGGAAGCUGGUAAACAGAAAGAUUUUAUUGAUGUUGCAGACAAUGAUGACUUUUUGCUCUAUUUAGAAGACAUCUUGAAAAAAAUACACAGAGCCUUCUUCAAGGAAUAUGACAAGCUUCCCCAGGCUGUACAGAAAAAGAUUACCGAUUUGCUAAAUCUUUAUUGUAUGAAUUAUGGUAUCCUCAUGCAGAUUGUUACCCCCAACUGGCUAUGGACAUGUGCAGAAAGAUGGGAGCGUGUGGAAGAGAGGUUGUUCCCCUUGAGCAGUGAGACCGAAAAAGAUAUACAGCGCCUUCCUCCCCAUCACUGCUACUGCCCCGAUAAUCUGUUGUUGAGAUCGCAGUAUGAAGCAGCAGAGGAGGCCAUACCAGGGCCAAGCAGUAGAACCAGAACCCCAAGUGGCAGUAUGCUAGAAGAUGUCAAUCCCCUGAUGUUUUUCAGCCCAGAUGAGAAGAACAACAUGGCUAAUGAAGUAGAACAAAUACUGAGCGAUGAGAGCGAUGAUGACGAUGGACCAGUGAUGAAGAUGAUGAAAAUUUCCCCCAGUAACAAAAAGUUUAAAGAAAAAGACCAAGAUAGCAAUAGUCAGUUUUCAAAUUUGAGGUCGGAAGAUGAGAAAGAAGAGGACUCGCCUCUGCCCAGUGAGGUGUUUCGGCAAGGUGGCGGCCUCCCCAGUGACGAUAGUGAUGAAGGCAUGAUGGAUGAUGAAGGAGACUUGAGCAGAAUGGGUGCUGACCUUGAGAGUCUCUUGGAUUAGAACUGUUGCAGUACAAAUUUUAUAUCCUCAGUUUUUUUUUUUUUUCUCUCUCUCUCUCUCACUCUCUCUCUCUCUUUCUUCUCACUCUCUC